AUGGAUUCUGAUUCUGAUGAAGACCGACUUUUUAUUGUUGAAGAGGACGGUGAUAGGAUACAAAUUAAGGACGAGGCUUGUGAAGAAAGAUAUCCGAAGGAUCGCCAACCACUUGCUGUGAAAGAGCAGUUUCACCAGGAGGAUGAUGUUAAAUUCUUAUCAAGCGAGAAGGAAAAGUCAUCGUCUGGUCGUCGGCAGCAGAGGUCUCGUUUGCCGGCUUCUCUCAAAGAUCGCAUCGUUCGCUCGAGUGCGAGGACGAGUGCGUUGGCUUCUGAGAGUGAAGUACUGACAAUCAAACCACAACGUCGUGUGAAAACCAUCCACUCCUCUAAGCAA